AGAAUGGCACCCUGGGAUUUGUAGGUGUUUGGUGGGGUUUUGGGGUGUAAUCAGCAGACAAGAAAACUACAAAUUCCAUAAUGCAUCACUGUAACACGGACUCAGUGCCCGGCUGACAUCAGCGACCAAGCAGAGUUUGUUGUUUUCAUUGAGACGCGAAAGUGCACAAGGACUCGGAAGUGAAAGGCAAAUGAAGCAGUGCAACCUGGUAAAAGCAGUACAGAGGCAGGUGGAGCAACAGGGUCGCAGCAAAUUUACGUCUUGACCUUUGUCACAAGUAUUUCUGGGGAAAGCCGGUAGUAUUUCCUGCCCAACUCACGUGAUAACUCGGAAAAGCACGGAAACGUCGCAUUUUUCACCAUGUUCUGGGAGAAUUCACGCAAAUUCGAGCGCACUCAAGUUGGCUGGCCAUGGAAACAAGGUAUUAGUUGUUCUUGUCCUACAGACAACAAUACAUCAACAAAUGAAACCCGUCAGUUUCGACGGAGUACAUAAAUUCAGGAUUGCUGAAAGCCCAUGAAUCGAGCUAAAUUCAGGAUCGCUGCACACCCAUGAACCGAAGUACAAACCAGUGCUGUUGCAAAGUCGAUAGCUACUGACUGCAGACCCAUUAACGUUAUAGCUUUGUUUUAUUUAAAUAACCACAUUUAUUUUAAACAAUAUCAGUUUAUGAGUAAGGAAACUGUAAAAAAAAAACCUGAUCAUUUUAAAUGCAGUAAGGUGAGUAAUAAACUGACUCCAUUGUGAUUUUGCAGUUGGUUCAAACUAUUUAACAACAGGGUUGUUAUGCUGGGUUGUGUUUUGGAUGAUAAUAAUAAUAAUAAUAAUAAUAAUAAUAAUAAUAAUAAUAAUAAUAAAACAGAUAGCAUCAGUAAUAAAACAAAAACUUAAAUGAGAUGGAUGCAGUAAUUGUAUCAAUGAAAUAUGCGAUUAAAACCAAGAUUAACUGAGAAUAUUUUUUUUAAAUCUCAAGAUUAAUUUUGAUUCAUUUUUUUAAUGGCUUGACAGCCCUAAAAUUAACACAUAAUAUUGGAACAUUUUGAUGUGAAUGAAUGAGCGUUAAUAUAUACUGAUUUUGGAAGUUAUUUAAUUCAUUACGUAUUGCAACAGCACAUUAUGAAAACUAAAUGAUUGAUUUGCAAGUCAAUACAGAGCUCUCAAAUAUCACUUUAUAUGACCAACCAAAAUAAAUUGUACACUGAAGCUAUAUGUGCCAGUCAGAAAAUGCUCCAAGUUGGUAUGCAUGAGAGGCUCACACAGUACUGUAUUUCAUGAACUAGUAACAAUACCAUUCCUGCUUUUCUUUACAAAAUAUGCAUGUUAAACUAUUGACAUCACAAAUCAGUAGAAAUGAACCACUCCCUCUUUCACUGAAUGAAAAAGAGGUGUCUCCCAGCUGUACAAGCUCUGCUGUAAAAGACUUAGAACUGUAUUUGGAACUGGUAAACAGCGCCUGAAAACAGAAAUUGAAAGGGUAAGUGAUGUUCUUUGUUGGGCAAGUAACAUAUUAAUUGAUCCUAAUUUCAAUAAAUGUUUACUGCAAAAAAUAUGUACAUUUCUUCAGUUUGGAAAUGAAAAUAAAGUAUACGGCAACUAUAAUGGCAAGCAUUAAAGAGAACUAGCAUUGUCACAUUCACCUUUAAACGGGAUUAUUCUAUCUAUCUAUCUGUGCUCUACUGAAAGGAACAAGCUAUCACACUAGAUUGUAGUGAGCCAGGGAUACCCACAUAUAAUUAAUGUGUGGGGUGGGUUAGUUUUGCUAGUACCUGUAUUCAGGGACCAGCUAUACUGUAUGCCAUUACGUUUAAUAUUGAAUAUAAGUAAAAAUUUGAUAAUGGUAACUGGAUUGCAAAUAUUUUGUUGUCACUUACUUUGCUUACCAAGAAAGGUAAACACUAUUUUCAAUGUACUUUUUUCUUAGCUUGUUUAUAUAUAUAUAAAAUAACCAUACCGAUAAAACAUUCUUGGCAUUUAAGAGGCUGCUGUUUUUGACUGUCAACAUCUAUAUCAAAUUACAGCUCAAACCUGAAAUACUAGUUCAAGAAGUAAGACACACAACUGCUCAGUUUGCGUUCAGGGUAAAUUUCCAUAACAACAACAUAAAAAAAAAAACCUUGUUAGAAAAGGAUUUUAAAAAAAGGGCUGGUGUACAAAGUUUUUGUUUUCUGUACAACUUUUGUUUCGUUUUUUGUUUACUGCGUUUAGGCAUUUAAUGUGCAAGAAACCAGGGGAAUGGGAGACCAAAAGGAACCAGUGGCUCUUCUCCGUAAAUGGAAAGUCACACUUAUUGAAGUUCUAAGCAUGGAUCCCAGCCCAGUUCUGCAACUCUCUGACUCAAGGGGUCUCAUCUCUCGGCUGCAGUACAACAAGAUCAAAGCAAUCCAAGACCCUGCUGAGAAGAUUGAGAGCCUCCUCGACCUUAUCAUUGACAAAGGAAAUGGGAUGGCUCAAGUCUUCCUGGAAUUGCUAAAAAUUGUGCAGAAGGAUUACCCCAGACUGCCUUCAGAGCUCAUUGGGGGUUCUGAUGUGUUAUGUGACCUACAAACCGCCAAAAAAAAGCACAAACAUUGUGUCAUCAGAGACAAUGGAAAGAUUGUUGAGUAUAACAGUUUACCAUGGGAAAGUAUCUUGAUUUCAGAGCGUUAUACACCCCUGCUAAUGGUAGAGUACCAAAAGCCAUUUGAAGACACUGUUCAGGAGUUGAUGGGAAGAGGCAGCUAUCAAGCUAAAGCCAUGGUUAGAAAUAAGUCUAAAGUGAGCCUGGAGCAUCUUUUCCAAACCAAAGGAGAUUUUCAAAAUCCCAAGCUCCUCAUAUUGCUUGGAGUAGCAGGUGUAGGGAAGACAACUCUAGUGCAAAAACUCAUGAUGGACUGGGCCCUGGGGAAACUGUACCAAGAUAACUUUGACUUUGUUUUCUGUUUGAAGUGUAGAGAGUUGAACCUCCUUACUGGGAAGCAAAGUCUUGUUGAUGUACUUUUGCUGAAUCAUAACUAUCUUCUGCCCUCAAUAGGGCAGAUACUGAAGCAUCCAGAAAAAAUUCUUAUUGUCAUUGAUGGCUUUGAUGAGUUCAGAUUUCCUAUUUGUCAACUUCAACAUCAGCUGUGUACAAAGACAGAUGAACCAAGAAAUAUUGAUAACUUGCUUGCUAGCUUGCUGAGAAGGGGGCUGCUGCCAGAAGCCUGUUUGAUCCUCACCACUCGGCCAUCUGCCUUAGAACAGAUGAAGGUCAUCAAGGCAGAUGGUUGCUUUGAGAUCCUUGGCUUUCCUGAAGAGCACCGUGAAGAAUACUUCCAGCAUUUCUUUGCUGAUGAAGCAGUGGCGGCCCAGGCUUUCCAACACAUUAAGGAAAAUGAGGUUGUGUACACCAUGUGCUACAUCCCCAUCUUCUGCUGGAUUGUUUGCACGGUGCUGAAGGAGCAAGGGAAAUUUGUAAAUAAUUACCCUCAGACAGCAACAGAGAUAUUUGUACAUUUCAUAAUCAUUUCAGUGAAGUAUCACAACUUUUCAGGACAAGCAGGACUGAGGGCAUGUCUCCAAAAGCUCUCUAAGCUAGCCUUUUGUGGAGUCCAAGAAAACCGCAUCAUCUUCUACCCUGAAGAGUUAAAAGCUGCUGGCCUGGAACUCCAGGACAUGACCUCCCUCUUCUGCACCGAGAUCCUUGUGAAGGAAGUAGUGGGGACUUUCAGUGUUUAUUCCUUCAUCCAUCUUACUGUCCAGGAGUUUCUGGCUGCCCUUUCCUUUUUUAUUUGUGACAACUGCACUUUGGAAAGUUUCUAUGACCUUGAUAUUACUUUAAGGUUUCUCUUUGGGCUUACCAAUCCUUCAUCCCAAAAUCAACUAGCACAGCAUAUAGGACCCUUUAGCCCAGCAGCUACAGCACAAGCAAAUCACUGGCUGCAAGUAAAUAUUGAAUUAUAUACCACAAGCGCCUGGAGUGGGGAGUUCUUUAUGAAGCUUUUGUAUGCUCUCUUUGAGAAAAAUGAUGCAAGAGUGACAAAAGAAGCUCUAGCCACAGCAACCAGCAUUGGAUUACCCAGCACACCCCUGAGUAAAGUGGACUGUCUAGUUAUCAGAAAUGUUUUUCAACAAGGGAAUGUGCCCUGUAAUAUGGAAUUCAAUUUGGAAGGAGGAGAUCUAUCGGAUGGACUACAUGUCUUGGCUCCAGUUUUACACAAGUUUGGACGGCUUUUUUUUCACGAGAAUCCCAUUGGAGACAAGGGCGUUGUCCAUCUCUAUCCUGUGCUACAGCGGACUGACUGUCAGAUCUCGUUUUUAGACCUUAUGGGAACAGGAAUAACAGAUGAAGGAAUGCCAGGACUAUCAGCUGCAAUAGCACAAAAUAAUUCCAUUAAAGAACUGGAUUUGUGGGGCAGUGGAAUCACAGACAAAUCAAUACAACACAUUCAUCAUAUGACACUAAACUGUCCAACACUGGAGACUAUUACAUUGCAUGGUGAAAAGUUUUCUAAAACAGGAAGACAACGGCUGGACAAUUUGACAUCUGUGAAACCUAGUUUUAAAGUGCGGUGGUCGAUGAAUGAUUACUGCUGGUAAAACCCAUGUGGGUUAGUUUGUUUUAUAAAAUGGCAUUGGGAAAUAAAGAUCAGUGAUUAGCUGUAGAAACAUUCUAACAAUAUAGGCAUUUCACGGGUCAGACCUUUUUUUUGCCUCAUCACAUUCUUAAAUUAACUGGUUUUUAUGCGUUUGGAUCAACAUGCUUUAAAAAAAAAAAAAUGCCGCCAUUACUGGUGUUCAAGAACAGAAAUGAUUCAUUACUCAAACACAGAAAGUGAAGGGAAUCAUAUACAAUUAAAAUGUAAAAUUCCUUGAGUGUCAUUUCUUUAAAAUCUCGAUCUGUUCUUCCUCGGCAGGAGUGCCUGUGAAGCCCCAGGCUUUUUUAAAAUCUAAUGUUUUUAACAAAAAGUUUUUUGUUUUCUGUUUAAUAAAACUAACAAAAAGCAGUUUUAAUAGUGCAAUAACACACUCCAGGGUAUGCAGAUGUCAUACUAUGCCGCUUCUGUGUAUAAAAGGCACUUGGCUUCACCUUCAGAGGCCUGGUAUAUUGCACAUUCUGUCAUGUGUUAUUGAUUUCAUGUGUUCAAUCUAAAUAGGAUUUUGAGCAACCCCCUUGUUUCAGAUAUUGGGAAAAUAAUAGUUAUGGUGGGGGAAUUCAAAUAGCCUUUAACUCCAAAGUGUAUGCUCCAAUUAAUGCAAUUUUUCUGAAAAGAGAAAUACACAAAUAUAUUAAUAUGUAUUUUUUGUCAAUGAAGCAAAUUGAAACUUUUUUGUUACCUUAAUUUUACUUAUUGCUGUGUAAUAGACUUGCGAUAAUAGUAUGUGUCCCUGUGUGUUAAAGCAUUAUAUAUAUAUAUAUAUGUGUGUGUGUAAAUAGAUUAAUACAAGUGUUGUCCUUAGCAGAUUAAUACAAGUGUGUUUUACUUAAUAUAAACACAUUAAAAUAUAUAUGUAUAUAUCAUAUUUUACAACUGCUUGUGAAUUUUAUGUGCAUUUGAAUUUUAUUUUUUCCGCAUGGACUUUUUAAUGGCAAAUAAAGAAUUUGAUACAGCU